AACAUUAUUGAAGAAUAAGCCGUUAUCAUUGAAAUAGUAGAAAGAAACCGAUGUGAUUCCAAUCUUCCAUUGUCCUCCCUUGACUACUCCCUCAUCUCUUCUUCCUUCUUCACCAAUGAAGUGCUUCCAUUUCUCAAACGGAUCAUCCGAAAAACGAACCACAGAAGAAAACGAUGAAGGUUCAGGUUCAGCUUCAGCAUCAAGCUCAAGAGGCUCACGCGUCUCAUGGGCGCGUUCCUUAAGCUUAAUGGACACGCGCCGCUCCGAAUACGAUUCCGAUUCUAGAGACUUCUCCGACACUCUCGGCUUCCAUGAGUUUCUCUCUCAACGCCGUGCUAAUCAUCUUCAUCUGUUUUCAUUCUCUGACCUCAAAAUCGCAACUCGUGGAUUCAAUAGAGCUUUGUUAAUCGGUGAAGGUGGAUUUGGUUCGGUUUAUAGAGGAACCCUAAUUCAUCAUAAUCAUCACCGGUCUCAAAUCGAUGUUGCCAUCAAACAGUUGAAUCGUAAUGGUCAUCAGGGGCAUAAGGAGUGGAUUAAUGAAGUGAAUUUAUUAGGGGUGAUUAAGCAUCCAAAUUUGGUGAGGUUAGUGGGUUAUUGUGCUGAAGAUGAUGAAAGAGGGAUUCAGAGGCUUUUGGUUUAUGAGUUUAUGUCUAAUAAGAGUUUGGAAGAUCAUCUUUUGGUUCGUGUUCCUUCGUCGGUUCUUCCUUGGAUUACUAGAUUAAGAAUUGCUCAAGAUGCUGCUCGUGGGUUGGCUUAUCUUCACGAGGAAAUGGAUUUUCAGCUAAUAUUUCGAGAUUUCAAAACAUCCAACAUCUUGCUGGAUGAGGACUUCAAUGCAAAGCUUUCUGAUUUUGGACUCGCUAGGCAAGGACCUGCAGAAGGCUUUGGCUAUGUUUCUACAGCGGUUGUUGGCACCAUAGGAUAUGCUGCACCAGAAUAUGUUCAUACCGGAAAGCUGACUGCUAAGAGUGAUGUGUGGAGCUUUGGUGUAGUUCUUUAUGAGCUUAUCACUGGGAGGAGAGCCGUAGAAAGAAACCUACCAAAAAACGAACAAAAACUUCUGGAUUGGGUAAGACCUUAUGUAUCUGAUCCAAAGAAGUUCCAUCAUAUUGUCGAUCCUCGACUUGAGGCACAAGAUUGCAUCAAAUCAGCUCAUAAACUUGCAGUCCUAGCAAACAAGUGUCUCAUGAAGCAGCCAAAGUCUCGCCCAAAAAUGAGUGAGGUGGUUGAGAUUCUUGGGAACAUUAUUGACGAGUCCGUUCCUAUGGAUGAAUGCAUUUCCGAAGCCGUUGCAGAAACAGGAGAAGCAAAUGAAGUAAAUUUAUCUGUAGAGAAUGCUGAACCUGAACCAGCUAAACAGGGGAAUAAUUAUCUGAAGAAGGUUUUUGAAUUCAGAGACAAGGUGAGUUUAAGAAAUAAAUCCAUUGGAAGAUUUGAUUGGAAAAGUUGGGCUCCUGGGCUUGUAAGAACAUGGUGAUAAGUGAUCUUCAUUCAUAUCUUGGAAAUCAAAAUCUUCGUCUGCAAUUGCCUACUCAUCGAUAUGUUUGGUGAUCACUUAGUUUCAGUCAGAGAGAUCGGCAUUGUUAGGCACUUGGUUAACAUACCGAUCAUGGUAAAUUUUGUAUCAAUUAAUAAUAAUUCCGUGUACAGGAUGAUUUUUUUAGCAAAGCUAUAUAAUAUUCAGUAAUUUGACCUUCUUGAUACUAA